CCUGAUGCAGCCGUCGCGAGCUAAACAAACAUGGCUCUGCUACAUUAUGAGACAUCGGAGCUUAAUGAUACGUAGGCAAAUGAAAAGGGAAAUAUGCGACCAUUAAUAAGAGACGCGCCAAACACAAAGCUGUAGAUGGAGAGCUGAUGUAUUAUUCGGUUGGUUAGCUCAGUGUAGCCGUUUGUGACCGUGUUUACACAUUGCUAGCUAGCUAACCAGUUGGCUAAUGCAAGCUAGCAAAAAUGGACCUUGGAACAAUGUUGUACAACAAUUUAAAAGAUGUUACAUGGAGCACGACGUCUUUACCAUUAGAUCAACUUGUCAGUGCUUAUAGGUUGCCUCAAAUUGCCAGGCUGGAUAACGGUCAGCUGGUUGAAGGGCUCAGAGACAAUGACUACCUCUUGAUUCAUUCCUGCCGUCAGUGGACAACAAUUACUGCUCACAGUCUGGAGGAGGGACAUUAUGUCAUUGGGCCAAAAAUAGAGAUCCCAGUUCACUAUGAAGGUCAGUUUAAGCUCCUGGAGCAGGACAGAGAUGUCAAGGAGCCUGUGCAGUACUUCAACAGCGUGGAAGAGGUGGCCAAAGCAUUCCCUGAAAGAGUCUAUGUCAUGGAAGAAAUCACUUUCAAUGUUAAGAUGGCUUCAGGGGAAUGUAAUGAAGAUACCGAAGUUUACAACAUUACAUUAAACACCGGUGAUGAACUGACAUUAAUGGGCCAAGCUGAGAUCCUCUAUGCCAAGACCUCCAAAGAAAAAUCAAGAUUCAACACAAUUUUUAAGAAGAUUGGGAAGCUAAACUCCAUCAGCAAGAUCGGCCGAGGCAAGAUGCCAUGCUUGAUCUGCAUGAACCAUCGCACCAAUGAGAGCAUUAGCCUGCCUUUCCAGUGCAAAGGCAGGUUCAGCACUUGUAGUCCACUGGAGCUUCAGAUGCAGGACGGCGAGCACAACAUCAGGAACAUUGUGGAGAAAACCCGACUCCCUGUCAAUGUCACUGUACCCAGCAGUCCCCCCCGCAACCAGCAUGACCUCCACCUCAUCCGUGAGGGUCAUCGCUACAAACUGGUCAACAUUCAAACGAAGACAGUGGUUGUGUGCUGCAUUCUGCGAAGCAACAAAAUUAUCCCCAUCCACUUCCCCUUUCAUAUGGCCAUGCCUAGAUUUAUUAUUCCAGAAGAGCUGCUCCAAGGAGAAUUGUGGCUAGACACUAUGGUACAUCGUUGGUUCUCCUUCUGCCAGGACCAGUUCGACAUAGAUGACUAUUCUCGUGCUGUCCGGGACGUGCGGACAGACUGGAACGACGAUGGUAAGAGCCCUAAGAAAAGCAGUGGGAAUGGCAGUUGCGGUGGAAGCAGCGGAGGCAGCAGCUCCAACGGUUGUCCCAACCACAUGCAGAUUCCCAGCUCUUUAACUUACGCCCGGGAUGAACUCACCCAGUCCUUCCACCGACUAUCUGUGUGUGUGUACGGCAGCAACCUGCACGGCAACAGUGAGGUCAAUUUGCAGGGCUGUAUGACACUAUGUGGAGAUUGGGCUCUUCUGCCCUCUGAUUGCAUCCCUUCAGACUCAGGAGAAAAUGAACACUUUUACCCUGAACUGAUGGAGAGCACAAACCAACAGUCAUCCCUCAACAAGUUGGACGUUCCCUAUGAGGAGCUGUGGUUGGAUCACUUGAGAAGUCAGAUCCCAAAACCUUCUGUAAGUGAGGGAAUUCGAGGCAUCAACAAUGGCUGUGGUACAACAACAGCCCUGUCAUACCCAGUCACUUGUCCUCUUGGUGCAACACCCAGCUCAGAUGUGUCUCUUACUCCACCACCAGUUCCACCCAAGUCUGAAGCUGUGAAGGAAGAAUGCCGUCUUUUGAAUGCUCCACCAAUCCCUCCACGAAGUUUGAAACAGAUGCCAUCAGUGCCCAUCCUGUCCAAGCCACGGCAGCAAGAGACUCGGUCUCCAAGUCCGACCCUCUCCUAUUAUUCUUCUGGUCUCCACAACAUUAGUGGAGCAUCUGAGCAAGAGGCAGCCGAUCCACAAGAGCAAAGCCACGUGUGCUACCCCUGUAACUGGGGUAAAUCCAACAGCACUGAGCCAAAUGCUUCAUUGCCCAGUGGUAACCUGCCAUCAGACGGGAUGUCCUCCAGGUUGUCUUGGCCAAAUAACUUCAGCGGAGGAGAAUCGCACAGCAUGGAUGAAUUUCUACCAGCCAGCUGUCGAAGUUACUACAGUUACCCCAGAAAAAGAUCCCAGAGCACCCAAAAAACCUGCACAUCCAGUCUUGUUGACUUCGAUAGCCGAGAGCAUGCAUGCAGCAGUAAGGACUUCAGGUUGGAGAAAGCUUCUCUGAAUCAGUUCUGCACCAAAUCUUCAAGUUACAAUUCAGAAAUGUACAGAGACAAGCCAAUAGAAGAAUCUAACACUAAGCAGAGCCUCUCUUGCCCCAUCUUACCACCGCGAACACCAAAAUCAAAUGCCACAAAGAAGUGCACAGAUUUACUGUCAGGAUCAGUCUGUGACAGUGAGCAGGAAACUUUGAAUUGCUCACUUACUUCACACGAGCAGGGCACAAAAGAAAUAUUUUCCAUCUCAAACUCAUUAACUCCUGACUGUGCAGCGGUUUCUGCCACUGCACAGUGGCAGCCCCCGUCCAGUCUGGCUGGUCUCUCUAUUGAGGAAGUGUCCAAAUCUCUAAGGUUUAUUGGCCUGCCAGAUGACAUUGUUUCUCUUUUUGUGUCUGAGAAGAUCGAUGGGAAUUUACUCCUGCAGCUCACCGAGGAGAUUUUGUCAGAGGACUUCAAGCUAAGCAAACUGCAGGUAAAGAAACUCAUGCAGUUCAUAAACGGAUGGAGACCCAAGAUAUAAGUAACAGUAUAUGACACUAAAUCCUGUUAUAAAGCAGAGAUUCAUGCCUUCAGUAUAUAUGCUAUGCACACCAAGCCACAAAGAGUUUCUUUUUGUAUCAUAUGAAUUUCUUUCUUUGUUACUAUAUUGUGGGGAAGAUAGUAGGGGAAUGUUUCCCAGGACAUUUUAAGUCUGUGACUGCUAUUUACUAACAGAUUGGCAUCAUUUGGCACUUUCACGAAGACAUUUUCAUGUCAGCUAUUUAGUACUUUUCCACCCACAGCCUACUAGUGUUCAUGCCGUUACACAAAUCCUAAUUCAAGCCAACAAAUGUAAAGGAAAAACACUGAUGAGGUAAAAUGUAACGAAAAGAUUUGCUUAACGAGGACAAUGCAUUAUUCUGAUUCUGCUAUUUCCAGGAUUUUUAAAAGAGCACAAAAAACAGAGGAUGUACUACGGUAUAUGUUUGGAUGUUCGGAUUUUGUAGUGGAUGCACAAUUAGAAAUUUGGCUGAAUUCGGUAACCAAAAAACUCUUGCAUCCCAAGCUUGAAAUCACAGUUAUGCUGUUUGUCAAAUACAAUGUGCGCACUGUUUUCACAAGCUCUGGGAAGUGAUAGAGUGAUAGAGAAUGUUUUUACAAGUGCAUUUCCUAACAUGAAUCAGAAUAGUUUAUUUAAUUCUUUACUGUCAAAUGAAGUCAAGACCUGCCUUCUGCUGACAGAUACCAAGAAAAAGUUGUGUUCUUUUAAAAAUUUGUCCCUUCGAGCUCUUCUUAAGCUGUAAGCUUGGUCUGCAUCAGUGAAAAUUCACUACUUUUUCAAAUGACAAGAAAUAGUCAAUGAUGAAAACCUCAUCUUUUAACCUGUGGUAUCAUACUGAUGUGCAAGACUGUCCUCCCCCUAAAACUACCCCAUAUGUCGUUUGUACAAGAAGCUUAUUACGACCCAUGUUUAUGUUUAUUGUUAAGUGACCUCGAGUGGCCAUAUUAUGAUGGGAGCAAAGAAAUAAGCGGGCGACAUAAUUUAUAGAGUGACGAAGUCUGUGUAGGGAGGACGUCAGGGUGGAUCAAAACAAAGGACUUUUGCUGUUUUCUGAAUCACACACUUUUUCUUUUUACUUAAAAUUUCAUGCUAUGGACUGUGAUGGAUAUAUAAGCAAGAGGGUCAAAGUUCAAGGUGUAGUGUUAUGAUUAAGUAUUAUGUACCAAUUGUAUGCACACUCCAUGCAACAGUAUAGGGCUGCCCCCUGAAAGUCGGAGAUUCAAAUCAUCAGUCGGAGAUCCCUCAGUUGAUUGAGAUUGCUAAACGUAUUGCAUGAAUGUCAGCUACACUGAAUGUCUCGCUGAACCCGUCCAAACUUGAAAACUUUAUAUCGAAAAAGGAACGAAUACUCAAAUAUUUGUUUUGAGCAGCAAAAUCUGAUUCAACUGACAUAAUUCUGAGUCGAGCACAGCCCUACAGCAGUGUUCACUCUGUAAGGGCAGCUGCAUUACAUACUGACAGUACAAAGAAAAAGUGUGCAAUUCAAAACGCAGCCGUAGACCCAGAGACCACUGUUAGUGCCCCAUGUGAAACCCAAAGAAAGUGUUGUUAUUUCCAGUCAAUGUUUGAAUUACUUAAGCCACAUACUUAACUUAACCCAAAUUACGAUCUGCAAACAUAAGGGGUGCUAAUUUAGAAAGCGCUCCUGCGAGUCAUUUUAGGGACCCUACACAUGCUGUGUCUUUAAUCGCUUGGAAAAUCAGGAGGUCGGGUGCUGGGCGCUAAUCCUGUGUUUACUCUUUGCCAACUUUCAAAGGCGCGGAGGCAGGUUGUGUAUGAGGUUGCUAAGCGACCAUUACCAGCACUUUAUCAUAGCCUACUUACCAGAAAUCCUGAGUGCAGAGCUGAUCUUCUUCCAGGCGCUGUUUUGUAAGUGUGUAUUGGGCCAGAAAUAUUGUCAGUUGGACAGAGGUGAAUCUCUGGUAGCCCUGCACUACCAUGAUCAACUUCUCCAUAUUUAUCACAGACAAGGGAAAAAUAUCUGCCAGCUGUGAUUGCUUGGUCCUCAUCACAUAACAUGCGGUGCGUACUGCUGUGUUCCAAAAGUUGAACAGUGUUCAUCUCAGGGCACAGCCCUAAAAAAUAGGCACUGGGGCCACUUUGGCGUCGCUCUGGCGUUUAGGUGUGCCUGCCACAUGUCUUCAUCGGAAACAAUGAAUUUGAGUCUGCAAAAAACACGGCAUGUGUACGGCCCCUUUGGAGGUUAGGAACAAACAACCUCUGUGGUCGUAUGGUUUGGAGGACUUGUUGGGAUGGACAGUUCCUUAGAAAAUGAAUUGGAAAAGUGAGACAAGGGACAUGAUGUGAUUUGAUUUUACAGCUCUAAAUAGAUAAAUUCUAAAAUCCUUUAAGUUUCAGAGUCUGGUAAGUUGGAUAAAACCAAAAACACCAGCUUUCAGUGUAAUGAAGAAGUAGCAGUCUACACAUCAGUCUGACAUCAGGUUUUAGAGUGUUGGUUUCCUGUCCAGUUUAAGAAGAUAAAGUGUUGCAUGCAUUCAAACCAACUGCGCUUUGUUGUCCAAUCAGAAAUUGCAUCUGAAUUUCUUGGUGUGAUAUUCUACUUUAUGGAACUAUGCUAGUAAGAGUGAGCCAAAUGAAUGAUUGUGAUAGUCUUUCUCAGAUUUGUCAAGUUUUCCUUAUUUCUGUUUGAUGCAUUUUUAAUCUGAAUUCAAGUGUAACGCUACUACUUGCUUUAACUUAAAUAUCUAUGCUAAAAAAAAUAACUUAAGGUCAUUUAUGGCAGAGAAAGACUGAGUGAUGUCCUUACUCUAAAACUAACAUGAAAAUAACCAACAGAGCUAAUGGAUCACGACACAUAAAAUACGAAUUAAGCAUCAUGCACUUUGGUAGAUUUCAGCCUAAUUAAUUGCAGUUAAGGUCGUUAAAUAUAAACCUAUAAAAGAAGAGUGUCUAUGUAGAGAGUGAAUGCACUACAUGCUUUUUCAAAACUAAAACGGUACUUCUCCUUUGUUCUCAUUGUAUGUAUUAUAAGUGUCCUAACGCUAGAAACAAGAAGAAGAUAGCUUUUCUGCGCCUUAACCCAGAGACCUUAAAGUAUAUAAUAUUUCACUUUGGCUUACCAUUUUCAUUAAGUCACUCUUUUCUCUUGAGAAUAUACUCUAACAUAAAUGUCUCAACAUGAACAUCAGGGAAUAAUGCCAUGUGUGUAAUUUCCCUUGAAACUGAAAAUGAUCUGCUAAAAUGAAAUAUUGGUUUCUAUUGGUACCAAACUCUAUAGCCUUGAAUCAGAGUUGACUUAUUUAUGCAGUAUUUAACAUAAUACAAAUUAUGCAGGACAGUUAUUGUCAGACUGUUGGUUUGGCUGAUGUAUAAAGGUGCCUCAGCCUUUCUGCAGCCCCAGGUCUGAUCUGUUGGCCAACAGCUGUUGUUUUUUCCCCCCUGACACUUUUUGCAGUGGGUUGUUACAUAUUUUACUUGAUAUUUUAAUUUUGUAUGUAAGUGCAAAUUUAAUGUGAUUUUUUUUAAAGAUUACUAAUGUUGAAAUUAUUUUUAUUGAGAAAAAAAAGCUUAUGUUCAAAACAUUGUUAAUACUUUUUUUUUUUAAAUUCUGUACAACUUCUGUUCUGUAAGUCAUGAAUUAAAAUAACACUUGGUCACGAGGAGAGAAAAAAACUGCAAGCCUCAGUCACACUACAUGGAUGGUGACCAAAAAAAUAAUGUUAAUAAGCCAUAUGUUCAGGUAAUUUUCCAGAUUUAAUUGUAACUUUGUCACAGUAUCCACAUGUCUUUGGCGUGUGUCCCUUGACGCUGUUAUUUUAUGUUGGUUAAUGUCCUAUGCAACAGCCAUGGUGAUCCAAAGAGACCAUGGGAAGGAACAACUAAACAACUGAGUGACAAUAAAAAGCAAUGUGUUAUGCAUAGUGAAAUGACCACAGUGUUAAUUUCAGGGGAAUGAAAAUCAUGCAUGCCAAAUAAAUUCUUCUCAGUCAGUCAUUUUACUUGAAUAAUCCUGAUGUGAACUGUGGAUAAGUGACCCAGUCCCAUUAAUACACUGUCAUCAAGCAGCUAAUACUGAAGGGUAUUCCAUCUUGAUAAUGCUUAUCAACUCUGGACCAAGGCCGUCAUGAAUUACCACCAUCAUUGUGCAAAAAAAGAAGAGGAAAUGACUGUGACACUGGGUUUGAUUUCACUUGCAACAGUAUUGGUCAUCAUUGCUGAUAUUUUCAGUUAUGGAUGGUUAUCUUUCAGUUGAACUUUUUACCUAUAUUGAUUGUAUCAUCUAUUAAAAAUGGAUUAACUAA